UCAGCCAUUCAGUAAUUCAGAAAAUACUUACUUAUCACAUUUACUGUGAUAGAUGAGGUGAUUAAAGGGGGAGAUGAAUAAGAAAUUGGACAAUGGCAAUAUAAUAUGAUGCAUGCUCUGUACAAGCAUAGUCCUCGGUAAUCAGGAAAGGUUUCUGUAAGGUGAGGAUCCCCAAACUGAAUCCUGAAGGAAGAGUAAGGACUACCUAGAUGAAGGGAGCAGAAAAGGUGUUAUUUAUCUGAUAAAGGUAUCUUCUGUGACAUUUCCCAUGUCUGACUUCACCAUUCAUCUUAGCAGACUGCAAAAAAACAUGAGAAGGAACAAAAACACAUCGCUGGACACCACAGUGACAGAUUUCAUUAUCCUGGGCUUGCCUCAUCCCCCAAAUCUAAGAACCCUCCUCUUCCUGGUCUUCUUCAUCAUUUACAUCCUGACCCAGCUGGGGAACCUGCUCAUUCUGCUCACAGUGUGGGCUGACCCGAAGCUCCAUGCACGUCCCAUGUACAUUCUUCUGGGAGUGCUCUCAUUCCUGGACAUGUGGCUCUCUUCCGUCAUAGUUCCAAGACUUAUUUUGGAUUUUACUCCUGCUAGCAAGUCUAUCCCAUUUGGUGGCUGUGUGGCUCAGCUUUAUUUCUUUCACUUCCUGGGCAGCACUCAGUGCUUCCUCUACACCUUGAUGGCCUAUGACAGAUACCUGGCAAUAUGCCAGCCCCUGCGCUACCCACAGCUCAUGAAUGGCAGGUUAUGCACCAUCCUUGUGUCUGGAGCUUGGGUGGCUGGCUCCAUCCAUGGCUCUAUACAGGUCACCUUGACCUUCCGCCUGCCCUACUGUGGGCCCAACCAGAUAGAUUACUUUAUCUGUGACAUCCCAGCAGUGUUGAGACUGGCCUGUGCUGACACCACUGUCAAUGAACUCGUGACCUUUGUGGACAUUGGGGUAGUGGCCGCCAGUUGCUUCAUGCUGAUCCUGCUCUCCUAUGCCAACAUAGUCCAUGCCAUCCUCAAGAUUCGCACCGCUGAUGGGAGGCGCCGGGCCUUCUCCACCUGUGGCUCCCACCUAACUGUGGUCACAGUCUACUAUGUCCCCUGUAUUUUCAUCUACCUUCGGGCUGGCUCCAAGAGCCCCCUGGAUGGAGCAGUGGCUGUGUUUUACACCGUAGUCACUCCACUACUGAACCCCCUCAUCUACACCCUGAGGAACCAGGAAGUGAAGUCUGCUCUGAAGAGGUUAGCAGCAGGUGGAGGGACUGUGAAUGAAAAUAAGUAGCUACAAGCUCAGGAACCACCAUGUCACCAUCACUACACUGUUUUCAGCUGCUGCUGCAUGUGACAAAUGUUUAAUAAACAGUUCAUGACUUAAAUUGAAUUUACUUCUGAUUGAAAGAU